UCUGGGUUAUGUUUAAAGACGAAUUCUGUGAUUGAGUUGUCAUUUGGAAGAUUAAACCCAUUUCAAGAGGACUUUGAGCUGGUCCUUACCAUUUGGAAGCAGUGGCUUAUUUCAAAAAGCCACUUCUGGUCAAGAUUGUUCCCAUCAUGCCUAACCAAGGAGAAGACUGCUAUUUUUUUUUCUAUUCGACAUGUACCAAAGGUGACAGCUGCCCUUUCCGUCACUGUGAAGCUGCAUUAGGAAAUGAAACUGUUUGCACAUUAUGGCAAGAAGGGCGCUGUUUUCGACAGGUGUGCAGGUUUCGCCACAUGGAGAUUGAUAAAAAACGCAGUGAAAUUCCUUGUUACUGGGAAAAUCAGCCUAUGGGAUGUCAAAAAUUAAACUGCGCUUUCCAUCACAACAGAGGACGCUACGUUGAAGGCCUAUUCCUACCUCCAAGCAAAACUGUGUUGCCCACUGUGCCAGAGUCACCAGAAGAGGAAGUGAAGGCCAGUCAACUCACAGUUCAGCAGAACAAACUGUCUGUGCAGUCUAACCCCUCUCCUCAGCUGAGGAGCGUUAUGAAAGUAGAAAGUUCUGAAAAUGUGCCAAGCCCUACACAUCCACCAGUGGUAAUCAAUGCUGCAGAUGAUGAUGAAGAUGAUGAUGAUCAGCUUUCUGAGGAGGGCGAUGAUACCAAAACACCCCCCAUGCAGCCAACUCCUGAAGUCCAUAAUGGAUUACGACUGGCUUCUGCCCGGAAACCUGGAGCAAAUUUAAAGCAAGGUGAAUGUUUGAAUUUUGGAAUAAAAACUCUUGAGGAAAUUAAAUCAAAGAAAAUGAAGGAAAAAUCCAAGAAGCAAGGUGAAGGUUCUUCAGGAGUUUCCAGUCUUUUACUCCAGCCUCAGCCCAUUCCAGGUCCUGAAAAAGAGAAUGUCCGGACUGUGGUGAGGACAGUAACUAUGUCAAGCAAACAAGGAGAAGAACCCUUGGUUAGAUUGAGUCUUACAGAGAGACUGGGAAAACAAAAAUUUUCAGUGGGUGGGGACAAUGAUCCCCCAUUAAAGCGGAGCCUAGCACAGAGGCUCGGGAAGAAAGUGGAGGUGCCAGACACUAACCCUGACAAAACACAAAAGAAAGUUCAAGUUUCCAAGUCUUUGAAGGAGCGUUUAGGUAUGUCAGCUGGUCCAAACAGUGAGGAGACAACAGAGAGAGUUAAUAAAGUUGGUGAGAUCCAUGUCAAAACAUUAGAAGAAAUUUUUCUUGAAAGAGCCAGUCAAAAACGUGGAGAACUACAAACUAAACUCAAGACAGAGGGACCUUCAAAAGCUGAAGAUUCUACUUCAGGAACAAGAAGUUCUUCUGCUGUCCGAAUUAAAACUUUCUCUGAGGUCCUAGCUGAUAAAAAGCAUCGGCAGCAGGAAACCGAGAGACAAAAUUGCAAAAAGGACGCAACUUGCAUUAAGCUAAAGAGUAACACUGAUGUAAAAAAGCCAGUGGUUUUACCACAGGUGGUUGUCAGCACAGGGCAACCAGAAGAGCCUGCAGGAAGAGCACGGUCCAUGCAGGAAGUGCACAUUAAGACACUGGAGGAGAUUAAGCUGGAGAAGGCACUGAGGGCACAACAGAGCUCAGAGAGCAGUGCCAGCUCCCCGCCUCCACCGGAGGCCACCCCCACAGCCAGACGGCUUCUGCGAAUCACCAAAAGAACAGGUACAAAAGACGAGAAGAGACUUCAGGAAGGAAGUGAAGUUGCUUCUCAGAUGAGUGUUACUGUGGCAGAGGCUAAUGAGGCUCUAGAUGAGUCCACUGGAGUUGAUAUCACUAAAGUUCCAGCCAAGAAAUGUGAAACCCUGAGAGAGAAGCUCGUGCAGAAGCCGCAGGAGAGGGGGGCCUCACACAAGGAGAAAUCUGUCCUCACGCCCCUCCGGGGAGAUGUUGCCUCUUGCAAUACCCACAUGGAGAAACCAGUGCUCACAGCUGCGUUAGGCAUUGCCUGGCACUUGACCAAGCGGCUUCCCACAAAGCCAUCCCAGAAAGGGGAGGUAGAAACCUCCGGGAUUGGGGACUCCAUAUUGAAUGUGAAAUGUGCAGCACAGACAUUGGAGAAAAGGGGUAAAGCUAAACCCAAAGUAAAUGUGAAGCCAUCUGUAGUCAAAGUUACUUCACCUCCCAAGCUGGCGCCAAAACGCAAGGCUGCAGAGGUGCACCCUGCCGUCAUUGCAGCUGUGAAGCCACUCAGCAGCGUCCUGCAGGAAAGUCCAGCCAAGAAAGCAACCAUGGCUGUUGUCCCGCUCCUCUCUGAGGAUACAGUAGCCCCCAAGACGGAGCCAGAAAAACCUAAAGACAGUUUUGUGCUGCCUCCAACCCAGUCUUCUUCAGAACCCUCACCCCCAGAAGUAUCUGGCCCUUCUUCAUCCCAGGUAGCCACGAAAACUUGCCGACUCAGCUCUGCCUCAACAGGAAAGCCCCCACUGUCUGUGGAGGAUGAUUUUGAGAAACUAAUAUGGGAGAUUUCAGGUGGCAAAUUAGAAGCUGAGAUUGACCUGGAUCCUGGGAAGGACGAAGAUGACCUUCUGCUGGAGCUUUCAGAAAUGAUUGACAGCUGAAGGUGGUAGUGAGAACACUUAAAAAAAAAAAAAAGUCACCAAAAACUGGACUUGGUUUUAUCUAUUACAUCAUUUACCUGAGAUGAUUUCUUUAGUCUCAAAUUUUUCCCUAAUCAGAAGUAUACCUCUGAACUGUCUAUAUGUGUUCUGAAUUCCAUGGGUCAGAUUUUCCAAGUCCCUUGAUAAGCAUUUUGUUGAGCAUCUUUGAGAAGAAGUUCUGCAGUGCCCUUCUCCACAGCGACAGCCUGAAGGCGAGCCAGAUGAAAAGGGUGUGAGAACUUGGUGACUCCUUGAGGUGUUCCUUAGCUCUGCCUGUUCCCUUUGUUGUAUUUUUCCUUUUUUGUAUUGUCUUAACAUAUUUAAUGUUAUCUGAGUUUGAAAUGAAUGAAUGAAGAUGGCUGCUACCAUUGUGGACCAAAUUCCAUGCUACCACUUAAAAAAAAAAAAGGAAAAGAAAAAACACCGAGUCUGUGUUAAAUUGUAUGUCUUUUUAAAGGUAUUUGGAGAUUCAUCUAAGCUUUAAAGAGGGCUGAGCAGCUCAAGAACCUGCAAUAUGGGCAUAAGACCUGGUUUGAAUGCGUCAGCUGCUCUGAGAGCCUCUGAAGAGCAAUAGCUAACUUAUUACUGUAAUUUUUUUAAAGGCUUUAAAGUGCCUCCAGGGUCCCUGAAUCUAAUUUUCUACUUCUGAGAUUCCCCAGAUUCUUGAUAAGAGAUGGUGAGAUGAGUUAGAGCUUCUCUUUUUUUAGUAUGAGAAUUGUCCCUUCAGUACUUGCCUCCUUCUGGCAUUGAAUCAUUACAGGGACAAAAAGUAGUACAUGUUUUUAUUUUAUUUUAAAGUCUCCCAGAAAACUCCUCUUGCCCAGUAUUUCUUUGGUGCCCUUUAAUACUGGAGGAGAAAAACAAUAAACUCAAGCUGCCAAUAUUUCUGGCCUAUAGCCAGUACACUGAACUGUACUGUAGCAGGGAUAUUGAGCUCUGGGGGGUGUAUUGUAUACCUUCCAGUUUCCUUAAUUUGGCAAUUGAAUUCUCUUUUGUUGAUACUGGUCUCCAUAUCACCUCAAGGUUUAGACUUGUGAAGGAACAAGUAAGAUGGGGUAGUGGUCUUGAAAGGAGACGUGUUGUACAUAACCUGGAGGAGGAAAGAAGGACCUGUCCAUUUUGAUACUUUGCUUUAGGUGGACAGUUUAUUUCUCAUGGGGAAAUCUGAACCACCGGUCGUGUUGGCUCCUAAGGAACUGCUGUUGUAAGCGGCUCAUCGAGAGUUGAACUUCAUUGUAGCCUUGUUGGGAUUAUGGAAAAGGAAGAAAGCCACAGGACUGCUCAUUCAGUCUUGGGAAGAUCUGGAUGAUUCUGCACAAGCAAAAAUGACUUGAAAUAUAUGUAUAGACACAUCUCUGCCAGUCCGUCUUCAGUCGACCGAAUGCUGUGUGACGGCCCUUCUCCACAGCAGGGGUGGAACGCUCUUGUUUCUCCGCAGAGUUCACAGAUGCAUUGCAGUUUUGGAAUCAGCAUAUAGAUUCCAAGUCCCGUUUGUAUAUAACCUUAUUCUUUGACUUUUGAAAAGUUAAUUUUUGUUCCUAUAUUUAAAGCCCUUGUAUUAGUCAAUGAUUCAUGUUCAGCAUUAUUUGAACCAUUUGCCAUUACAGAAAGAAAAAUACUUAAUUUGUGUUUUAAUAAAACUGGUGUAGGAAAA